ACCGGCCCCCGGGAAACCCAGCUCAGGCGGAGGAGACACGGAGCCUAGAGACAUGGGAGUUCGAGGAGCACUCCGCCUUCUGCUCGUGUGCCUGAGCCCAGCGCUGCUGACUGCUGUGCGGAUCAACGGGGAUGGCCAGGAGGUCCUGUACCUGGCAGAAGGUGAUAACGUGAGACUGGGCUGCCCCUACAUCCUGGACCCUGAGGACUAUGGCCCCAACGGACUGGACAUUGAGUGGAUGCAGCUCAAUUCAGACCCCUCCCAUCGGGAGAAUGUCUUCCUGAGCUACCAGGACAAGAGGAUCAAUCACGGCAACCUCCCCCACCUGCAGCAGAGGGUCCGCUUCGCCGCCUCGGACCCCAGCCAGUACGAUGCCUCCAUCAACCUCAUGAACCUGCAGGUGUCAGACACGGCCACUUACGAGUGCAGGGUGAAGAAGACAACCAUGGCCAGCCGGAAGGUCAUCGUCACUGUCCAAGCUCGGCCCGCGGUGCCCAUGUGCUGGUCCGAGGGCCACAUGACCCGUGGCAACGACGUGGUGCUGAAGUGUUUUGCCAACGGUGGCACCCCACCGCUCUCCUACAAGUGGGCCAAGAUCAGCGGGCACACCCGCCCCUACCGCGCUGGCUCCUACCACUCCCAGCACAGCUUCCACUCCGAGCUCUCCUACCAGGAGUCCUUCCACAGCUCCCUGAACCAAGUUUCAGGUCUGAACAACGGUGACCUGCUGCUGAAGGACAUCUCCCGCGAGGACGACGGACUCUACCAGUGUACAGUGGCCAACCACGUGGGCUACAGUGUGUGUGUGGUGGAGGUGAAGGUCUCAGACUCCCGGCGCGUCGGCAUGAUCAUAGGCGCAGUGCUGGGCUCUCUGCUCAUGCUGGGCUGUCUGCUGGUGGGCAUCUGGGGGCUCAUCUGCUGCUGCUGCGGGGGCCCGGGGGCCGGCGGUGCCCGCGGUGCCUUCGGCUACGGCAACGGCGUUGGCGGCGGGGUCGGCGGCGGCGGGGCCUGCGGCGACUUGGCUAGUGAGAUCAGAGAGGACGCCGAGGCGCCCGGGUGCAAGGCCAGCGGGCGCGGCCGCAGCGUCACCCACCUGCUGGGGUACCCGACGCAGACCGUCAGCCGCUCCCUGCGCCGCAAGUACGCGCCCCCGCCCUGCGGCGGCCCCGAGGAUGUGGCCCUGGCGCCCUGCGCCGCCGCCGCCGCCGGCCCCUGCGAAGCGGGCCCCUCCCCGGUCUACGUCAAGGUCAAGAGCGCCGAGCCCGCCGACUGCGCGGAGGGGCCGCGGCAGCGCACCGACGGCCUCCUGGUGUGAGCGCGCCGCGGGGCCGCCCGCCCGCCGCUGGGAAUGCGCUCGGCCCCGGGCCCGCAGCGCCCGCCCCGCGCCUCCGGGCCACGGGGGCCCGCGGCGCCUCCUCGGGGCCCGGGCGAGAGGGGCGCCGGGGCCGGGAGCGGGAGGGAGGGGGCAGCGCCGAGCGCGGUCGAAGCGAAGGCCCGGCGUCUCCAGCCCAGCCGGAGGGCCCCGGGACCGGGGAGGGGGCGCGGGUCCGGACUGGCUGGUGGCGCGGGAGAGCUGAGC